AUGAUUUCCGAAUUGAAAAAUAAUAAUGAAAAAUAUUCAUUUAAACAACCGUGGAAGAAAAACUUGUAUGAAAAUGUUGGAUAUCCGGAUAAUUACACGGAUAAAUCAUUUUUAAAAGAUUUGAAAAAAAAUAUUUACGUUAAAGAAUUAACGUAUUACGAAACCCUAUCGGAAGUUGUUAAAAUAACCGAAAAACUGUGCAUAAGUAUUAUUUUUUCAAUUAUUUUUACUUAUUUACACAACGAUUGGAUUUCACCGCGAACCGUUUUUCUAUUCACGAGCGUUAUUGUUAUUUUGUGUUAUUUUUAUUACGCACAAACUCACACGUCGAUUUCGUAUUUAAUGAUCAUAUCGAAAAAUUUCAAAAGGGUUGGAAUUUUACUAUUGCUCGGCUAUAUUUUAUCACCCGUUUUAAGAACUUUAACGGAUACAAUAAGCACAGAUACAAUAUAUGCAACUUCUACAAUUAUGAUGCUGAUACAUUUAGGAUUUUUUGAUUAUCGUUAUCCAAAAUCAGUUGUUACGAGCUCUCUAUCACUCAAUUCUGCAAUAUUCAGUUCGGUGUGUUUAGCUUCUAGACUUGAAACGUCAUUUCAUGCAUUUGUACUUUUAACAAUAUCAGUGGAACUUUUUGUGCUUUAUCCAUAUUUUCGUUAUUCCAUUAUGGCAUUUAGUACAUUUUUUUUACUAGCAGCCAUUUCUCUUUCGUUAAGUAUAUCAUUUUUAUUAUUAUUAAUUAUAUUAAAUGUUGUUUGUCCACUUUUAUUCGUUCACUGGCAAAAAUAUAAAGAUAAUAUUUAUGGACCAUGGGAUGAAGCUAUAAUUAAUGUUAAAAAUAAUGUGUCAUAA